UCUUAUCAUCAGACAUCAGUAGUACUCGCAUACAAUAGCAUUUGAAGAAAAGAGGGGUAAACAGAUCAACAAAGGAGAAGCUAAAGAGAUCGAGAUGGAGGGCCAGAAGAAAAUUAUGGUUGUUUUUGGGUUAGUUGCGGCUGUGUUUCUGCACAGUGUGGCUGCGCAGACGGCGCAUGUGGUGGGAGGCAGCUUAGGUUGGACCAUACCACAGAAUGGUGCACAAGAGUAUGCCACUUGGGCUUCUGGUCAGAAGUUCCUAGUUGGUGAUGUUUUGAUUUUCAACUUCGCGACGGACACACACGACGUAGUGGAAGUACCCAAAGCAUCUUUCGACUCAUGCAGCUCCGCCAACCCAAUCGGCAGCACCAUCACCACCGGCCCGACCAACAUCACUCUCACCGCCGCCGGCGACCACUACUACAUCUGUACUUUCGGACGCCACUGCCAGUCCGGCCAGAAGCUAGCCAUCACGGUCUCAACAUCCGCCACGUCACCCGGAGCCUCCCCUUCUGCAUCCACUCCCGUGUCCACAUCUGACGCUCCUUGCCCUCCUGUCCAAGCUCCAUCUCCUUCCCCCACAACCAGGGGGCCCACAGCUAGCACCCCGCCGGGAUCCACUGAGUUGCCGCCGAGCUCUUCUUCCCCGUCCGCUGGGGCUGGUUUCGUUUUGUGCUUGUUGUCCCUCGUAAUGGGACUUUUCUUUUAGAUACGCACAUAUAACAUUGAGUUAAUUCAUUAUGAUUUUUUGAAAGAUAAAAAAAUAAGGUAAUUCUUGAUUGUUAUUCAUUUUUCAUGCUGAAAAUGUAUUAUUUGAGCGUGCGGAUUAUCUAUAAAGGAUUUAAUUUUUCUUUA